GAAUUUUCCAUCACAGCAAACGGAGAUGGAAAGUUGGUCAGUUGAUCAAGUCUGCAACUGGUUGCUACUGAAAAACCUAGGAGACCUGGUUCCCAAAUUUCGUGAGGAAGAAGUGGGUGGAGCUGCUCUUUUGGCUCUUAACGACAGGAUGGUUCAGCAGCUGGUCAAGAAAAUUGGGCACCAGGCAGUGUUAAUGGAUCUGAUUAAAAAAUGCAAGCAGCAGACAGAAGGACCAGCUUUUACCUGCAAAGAGCCCUUCUCUGAGUCACCAGGAGAAUUCAGUGGAACCCAUAGCAUUCAGCUGACUGUUGGACAGACGAAUUGUUUCUCUCCUAAUGAAAGCUGCGAUGAUGGAUCCAUUGACCAAAGAGUUCUCAAACAAAAGAAAAACAUGAGGCAUGUUUUAGCAAGAUGCAAAACAUUGCAAUGGACAAAUUCCUAUAUUCUGCCUGAGUUCCCUUAUGAUGUCAAAUGCAUAUUAGCAGAAAGAAAAUGUCCUGACCACAGUGUGAGAAUAAGGAUAAUUGAAUUCUUGCAAGCUGACAUGACAAAGUAUCUUGAAGGAUCACUAUAUCCAACCACUCAGCAAUAUAAUGAUGUUGUCAGUGAAUUGCUCCAGGCAUACCCUUUUCUUGAUGAGGAUGGGAAUGGCUUUUUUCUAUGGAAACGAGCCCUUAAAGACCGUUUCAAGUACGUGCGGAGACCGAUAGACGAUGAUGAACAGGUAGUGAGGAAUAAAUGCAAGUUUGGCCACAGGCGAGGGCAGACUAGAAAAUCUUCUGAAAACAGGUGUGAGAAGGUCCAAGGAGUGCAGACAAAAGUUAAAAACAUUUACAACAAAGACCUUGAUGUUGAGAUAAAUGAACAUAUUAGCUGGUUUAAGGAAGAAUAUAUGAAAACUGAGAGAAAUUGGGGAGAAGUGGACAACAGGAUGACCAAGACUUUAGAAAUAAGAAGGAAGAUGAUCAAUAAAGAUAAGAAGCCUUUGAAGGAAAUUCUCAGCCUAUUCCCAUUUUUAAAGUGUCCUUAUCAGCUUUUUAGAGAAUAUCAUCUUCUAACACACAAAGACAUUUACAAGAAAACAGCUGAGAUUUUGGAAGCAUAUUCAGAGGACAUACUGACGUCAUAUGUGGUGAAGAAUAGUCCAGUUAUUCUUGCUCUGCAGAAGAAUCUGAAGCAGUACAUGGAAGAUGAUAUUCGGACAUAUAUGAAGAUUACUGCUACAUGUUUACUUUUGCCAGAUGUUUUUGGAGAGGAUUCCUGCUUGCUUGCUGCUGUGAAUGAGGAGGUGAAAGUGUCAACACCAGUACUAGAAGUAAAAUACCCAUUUGAUGUAAACAUGUGUGAGUAUUCCCUGUACGUGGAGGAGGAGAAAUUGGCCCAGCUGGAUGAUUGUACUAUGGCCCUCGCUGCUCUGCUGGCUUCCUACCAUGUCUUUGGCAUUCCAUAUCCCAAAAGACUGUAUAAUACACUUCACUUUUUGGAGUCCCUCAUCUUUGGAGUCAAGUGUCCACAGUUACUUUCAGCAAAAAUCAGGGAACUGGGGAAAAUGUGA